AGUUUCCGGGUCUGAUAGGGUUGUGAAACUUUUGAAGUCGCCCUUUGUUUUCUGUUUGGGCUGUAUUUCUCUGGUUAGUUGCUGAGAUGAAUCGUUUGUUCGGUAAAUCGAAGCCUAAGGCGCCACCUCCGAAUUUGACGGACUGUAUUGGCACGGUGGACAGCAGAGCAGAAUCGAUCGAUAAGAAAAUUUCUAGACUUGAUGCAGAGUUGGUGAAGUAUAAAGAUCAAAUGAAGAAAAUGAGAGAGGGGCCUGCAAAGAAUAUGGUAAAGCAGAAAGCCCUGAGAGUAUUAAAACAGAAGCGAAUGUAUGAAAACCAACGGGAUAAUCUUGCCCAGCAAUCUUUCAAUAUGGAACAAGCCAACUAUACAAUCCAGUCCCUAAAAGAUACAAAAACAACGGUUGACGCUAUGAAGCUAGGAGUGAAAGAAAUGAAAAAAGCUUACAAGGAAGUAAAAAUUGAUCAAAUUGAGGACCUGCAAGAUCAGUUGGAAGAUAUGAUGGAAGAUGCUGGUGAAAUUCAAGAAGCAUUGGGUCGUAGUUAUGGAACCCCAGAGAUAGAUGAAGAUGACUUGGAGGCAGAACUAGAAGCACUAGGUGAUGAACUUCUAGCUGAUGAAGACAGCUCCUAUCUUGAUGAAGCUGCAAGUGUUCCAUCAAUUCCAGAGGGCAUGCCAACUGAAGUGAAAAACAAAGAUGGGGUACUGGUGGAUGAAUUUGGACUCCCACAGAUACCUGCAACAUAAUUAUGAAGUUCAAAAGGAACGUUUUUUCAUAUACAUUUCUGAGCAAAAACAAUUGUGGGGGCUGAAUCUAUACUUUUGCAAUAUCACGUAAAUAACACUAUGUUGUGAAAUAAAGAAUGAAUGAUGUUUUUAGAAAAUAUAUAGCACUAUAGAUUUUUUAUUAAUACUAAGAAAUUAACAUUACUUUUCUUUCUGUAUCAUAUAUUCAGAGUUUUAAACUUUGGUUUUACUGUUUGUGUAAAAGUAGUACAUAAAAAUAUUUAUAUUUGUAUAGAUUAUUGUGCUUCUGUUUUUGAAUUUGCCACCCCAUUUAAAUGUAGGUGAUUGCACUGUAUAAUCCAUUUUGACAUAUGCUGAUUAUUACAAAGAGCAAAUCGA